GUUCCAUACGUCAAAUAACCUGUUAUUAAUGAGGCUCUUAGACUAAAUUCUUAAAUAUAAACUUUUUAUCGAGAUAUAACUCAUUCAAUAUGCAGAGUUGAAACUUUAUAAUGUGAAUAAGGUUUAAAUAUGUAAAUCACAUAGACGUUUAGUGUGUCUGAAAUGAAGUAUCCAAACUAUGGAAGUGCAAGUGCAUGUGGCUCACGAGAAAAGAAUUACACGGGACUUGGGGACAAAUGUUUGCUAUGCAGUGAAUAUUUCUGUUGCCAUGACAAUAUGCUGUGGCAAAAUCUUGAUGGAAGGAUGACAUCCCCUCGGCCACAGUCAAGACGGUCGAAAUCGUCCAGAGAAAUUUAUCAUCCUGCUAUCAAAGAUCUAAGUGAACAAGCAGGGCUUACAGCACAAUCAUUAUGUGUUGAAGAGGUAGGUCAGACGUCCCCGCCAUAUUAUGUCAACGGUGAUGCGUCAGUUACCAGUAGUCACGACUGUGCUUCAAAUGGCCAUGAUUUGACCAUUAUUCCUCCGGAACCAGCAAGACUUUCCACUGCUUCGCCAUUCUGUAAUUCUAAGAAAUUACCAGCGCUGUAUGAAAAUUCGUAUAGCUCUUAUAGACAACGUGUUGUGAUGUCUGGGAUACGCCUGAAAUUGCUGAACACAAGUAGACGACCUCACAGCACGGAGCCUACUGGCAUAAUUGCCCCAUCAAUACCAUACAGCUGUGCAAAUGAUCCAAAUGGAAAUGUUAGUUUUAUCAUUAAAAAUACGAAUUCGCAAAUUGAAGACCAGGAACCAAAAGAGAAAAGGAAGAUUCCACAUUACAACAACAAAACUAGAUUCAAAAGUCAUUCUGGUACACUGUUAUCUGACGGUAAUCAGGUUCAUAUGAACGUUUUUCAUCAGCAUCUUGUCAACAUACAUCCACUUAAAAGACAAGAAACCUCUUUAUGGUUAUCCAAUGGCUUUAAAGUUCAAAGUUUCAAAUCAAAGGGCAAACGAUCACAAACUUAUAUCAAACCGAACACUGCAGAAGGACAUUUUCGAAAUAGAAGAAGCGCAAAUGGGAAAUUGUGUCGCGAGUUUAGUAGUCUACAUUUAAAACCUGAAGUUGAACGACAGCGAGAACUUGAAAUGGUUUUAAAUGACAGUUUAAAACAAUCAACAGAUUUAGGAGAUGUAACUAUUUCACCAUUACAAAUACAAGGUGGACUUACUGGACCGAGUAGAUUGGCUGCUGAUUUUAAUUUGCAGAAAGGUUGAAGUACCUUGUUCUUAUUUAGGAAAUACUUUUUUGUUUUUGUUUGUUUCUGCUAAUAUAGUCAGGCAAGAAUCAAUCUUACGUAUCAUUGAGAAAACAAUCUACAGCUAAAAAUAUCGUAUCAACAAGAUUUAAAUAGAAAAAGUUGAAAAAGUUUAUUGUACAUUUCGACUUGUGAAGAACCUGUUACACAUUCUAAAAAUAAAUCAAAAUGUUUUCAAACUAUGCAAGUAAAAACAGAAAUAAAUUAUUUGACACGAAUGCAUAUUCACAUGCAUUCUAGAAAGUUUUGUUUUGAGAUAUUAAAAUGAGACCAGUUAAGCAUUAGCAAUGAACUUUUUUUCCAGUAUUAUUUUCAUAUUACAAGUAGUCAUAGUCACUGUUAAUGUAUUACUAAAACGUAAACAUGCAUGUAGAAAUGUAUAUAUGUUAGACUAUUUAUUUUUUUCGGAGUAGGCAUUGGAACACAGUUUCAUGAAAUCAUUUGGCCAUUUGCAUGAUUUUAUUUUGAUCAUUAACUGGAUAGAUUUUUGGACAUUUAAAAAAUGGCUUCGUAACAUAUUAAUCGGCUUUGUUUUUAAUCAAUUGACUAUAUAUAGAGUGUUUUCGGCAAACAAUAACUUCAGGUCGAUUGUUUAUCUAAUUUACUUUAUAACGAUUAAAUGUAAAUAGACAAUGUCGUAAUGCGCAAAAAUGUACACAAGCAAAAAAUGGUUUAAAAUAAAUAAAUUAAAAAUACGUCAAUCAAAUUCUUAUUAAAUGUUAAAAAAAAAUAUGCAUGCGUGAGGUACAAAAGUGUACUGAGAAUAUUAAAUAGUUCUCCUUAUUAAACUAUCAAUGCAUAAUUGAUUUUGAAACUAUCGAUUUGGUAUUACGACUAACUUGUUUUACUUUUUCAUUACUUUUUAUCAAGAUAAUGUAUUGAUUACCGACAAUUCAAGGGUGUAUAGGUUCAAACAGACUAGCUCCUACCAGUUUCAAUUCGCAAUUACCGUUAUUUGAUCUUAAGAAUUAAAAAGUAAAUUUAAUAUAUGGAAGAUUCAUCUAUACAAACUUAAAAAAGACAUCUCUGGAGGUUACAGUGUUAAUUAAAUAUAAUGAAGAGUGAAGCCGGUAAUGAUAAACCGAAAUAAAAUUACGUGGACAUUUAUCGAUAGUUGUAAAAAAGUUCAUGUUGAUAUAAACUGAUUCAAAAUACUGACACAAUCCUAUUAAGUUUUUGCGUAACUUUUCAUGCUCAAGUAUUUUUAUAACAUUUGCCGUAUAAAUUUAGUAUUUCCAACGACAGAAUAUUAAUAAUGAUAUUAUUUUCUCAAAAAGUAAAAAUAAAUAUUUCAUAUCUAUUUUUUUCUAGCAUUUUUCAUAUCAUAUCAAUUUUAGCUCUUUGUCUAGAUCUAUUUUGAUUUUUGUCAAAUUGUCAAAUGAAAACUCAAGAACCACUGUACAACUAUUUUAAGUAACAACUACGCUAACAAAUAAUUCAUUCUUCGGGCGUUAAAAAAUCGUAUUGAGGUAUUAAUCAUUGGUGCAUUCGUGUAAGCUUUGCUUUGACUUUUAAAGGGAAUUAGUGCUGUACAUAUUAAUUUAGAACAAUAUAGAAACUAUUUCGGAAAUUGAAUUGUAGUGUUACUGCGAAACAGAAAUAUUUUACAAUUACAAAUCAAAAAAAAAUUGCAACAUUUUAUUCGGAAGUGGUAAUAUUGUUAAUAAUGUAUUACAUUUACAGUAAGCUAACAUGAACAAUUUAAUACGGUUAUUAUUUUAC